AUGUUACUGGCUGAGACCCUUCCGUCAGUGAAUUGUGACCUGUACUUGAUGGUGCUGCUGUCUGAUCAUUACAAGAGUGAUCACAGUUAUGGCAGGCUAGUGGAAGUCACCUCCUUCCCCGAGUGGGAGGAUCAUAUAUUGAAUUAUCCAUCAAUGUUUCAGGACCCUGGGCAGCAGAUUGCAUUCAUUGCCAAUAUGGAGCAAAGAAAGUCAAAUGACUGCACUAUAAUUGGGAAAGUAGCAGCUCAUGUUCCCGAUCUCAUCGUAUAUGGCGAUUUCUCCCAGGAGGUGCCUUUCAUUGAGAGUUUUGAUGGAGUAUUGCUUUUUGCAGACAUUUCAGGUUUUACUGCACUGACAGAGAAGUUUAGCAUGGACACCAGUCUGGACCGUGGCGCUGACCAGCUAACACAGACUCUCAAUCAUUACGUUGGGGAUAUUGUGGAAGAGGUACUGGCUUAUGGAGGUGAUAUCUUGAACUUUGCAGGGGAUGCACUGCUAGCACUGUGGAAAGUGCAACGAAGUCAGCUGAGCGAUAUCAUUACACUAGCGCUGAAAUGUAGCCUGAGGAUCCAGGAAGAAUAUGGGGUUCGUGAGACUGAAGUGGGUCUGGAGCUCCGAGUGAAGAUAGGGCUAUCUGCAGGUCACAUCUCCAAAGUUGUUGUUGGAGACAAUAAGCACCAAUAUUUUCUGGUAAUUGGCCGAGCAGUGGACGAAGUUCGGUUGGCCCAAAACCUAGCAAAAGCAAGUGAGGUUAUUCUAUCGCCGAACUGCUGGGAACUCUGUAACAGGAGCAUGAUAGAAAUAGAAAGAAUUAAAGAUCAAAGAGCUGUUAAGGCUAGAUACGUAAAGAACAUCUCUGAGAUUGAGUUUGAUGAGUUCUUCUGGAAAUGUACUGAAUACCUACAGCACUACCCCACUGGUGAAAAUAUUCUCAGAGCAACCUCCACAUUGUCUCCUAAUGAUGAGCUGGAGAAGUCCCUCCGGAAGUAUGUGAUGAGAAACAUUCUGAAGAAGAUUGAUGACAACCAACCUCUAGAAUAUUUAUCUGAGCUUCGGCCAGUCACAAUUGUCUUUGUGAACCUGCAGUUUGACGAAAGUGCCAAUACCUUGCAUCUGUGCAAGGCCAUUCACGAUGCCAAUGUGAAGAUCUCAGACAUCAUCUACGUCUUCAGAGGCAAAAUCAACAAAGUCUUUAUGUUUGACAAAGGCUGCACAUUCCUGUGUGUGUUUGGGCUCCCUGGGGAUAAGCAGGCUGACGAGAGCACCCACGCCUUGGACAGUGCAUUUAAAAUCUUCAACUUCUGUUCUGAGAGGCUCAUGAAAAUAAAGCUAGUUUCCAUCGGGGUUACCAGCGGGCCAGUGUUCUGCGGAGUAAUUGGCCAUCGUGUAAGGCAUGAAUACACAGUCAUUGGCCAGAAGGUGAAUCUCGCUGCCCGGAUGAUGAUGUAUUAUCCGGGGUUAGUGUCCUGUGAUGCAGUGACCUACGCCAACUCCAGGCUGCCUCAUUACUUCUUUGAAGAGCUCCCCCAGGCUGAGAUGAAAGGAGUUGUGAAUCCUGGCGUGGUCUAUCAUUAUCUUGGCAUCAGUGAAAAAACAAUGUUUGGCAAAGCGUAUCUCACCAAGAAGAGGUCUGAGUAUUACCCCUUACUGGGUCGGGAAAAAGAGCUUGAAAUCUAUGACAUUUUACUGAAAGGAUUUGUGGGGUCUACAGAAGGUCACGUCAUAAUGUAUGAAGGCCUUAUGGGGUAUGGAAAGAGCCAGUUACUUGCUGAAAUUGCCUACUUAGGCCAUGAAGCUGGCCACAGGGUUGUUGCUAUGGAGCUGACAAAGGUAAAUGUGCAGCAGAAUUUUUUUGCCAUCCGGACACUCAUGGCCAUGUUUCUGGGGAUUGAUGCCUGUAAAUCUUAUGAUGCAAGACAGCACAUCCUCCAAGGCAAACUCGGAGGUGUGGUAGAAGAGACCUACUAUUGCCUCCUGAAUAACAUCUUUCUUGUUAAGUUCCCCAUCUCUGCAGAGGUUUCCAAAAUGGAUAAUGAAACAAGGACAGAGGAGAUGGAACUAUUUCUUGUGAAAAUACUACAGAAGGCAGUGGAGAAAGACAUUCUCAUUUUUGUCAUUGAUGAAGCCCACUUCAUUGAUCUUGCAUCAUGGGAAUUUCUGGACAACUUGCUCUCCAGGAUCCCAGUGUUUAUGGUCAUGUCUCUAUCUCCUCCCAGCCGCCAAGCACGGCUGCCUUGUGUUUCUGCUGCAAACAUAAUUAACAGCGCAAAGACCACCUACGUUCAGCUGCGGGAGCUAAAGCCCUCUGUGAUCCUGCAAAAAGCCUGCCAGGACCUUGGGGUGGUCAGCAUCCCCCGGGAGUUAGAAACGUUCUUGAUACAGAGAAGCCAUGGAAUCCCAUUUUACUGCGAGGAGUUGCUGCGGAACCUCCAUUUAAACAACAUGCUCAUCUUCCAUCCGUGGGAGGAGGAGGAAGAAGAAGAUGAUGAGUGGGAGGGCCUUUUCACCAAUGCCAUCAAGGCCAUCCCCUCCAAAACGGAAUCGCUUUCCAGCUCAGACAAUGACUUGUACAUUUGCACCAUUCGCCAGAAUGUUAAGCUGCAAAAUAUUAUGCUGCCCCCUACCUUAAAAGGCAUUGCACUGGCUGAGUUAGACAACAUGAGCCCUUCGGAGCAGAUGGUAGUGAAGUGUGCAGCUAUCAUUGGGCUGACUUUCACGACUGAGCUGCUGCUCCACAUCCUUCCUGAAUGGACCAAGAGGAAGAUGAACCAGACACUUGCAGCCCUGGUGGAUUCCCACAUCUUCAAGUGUUUUAAUAAAAGAAAGGACUCCCAGAAUGCACAAUCACAGGAUAUGCCCUCCACAGAGUUACUUGUUUGCCCUGGGACAGUGAGAUCAAUUGGACAAGAGUCAGAUCUGGUGGUCCUAGGUUUGAUCCCUACCACCGAUGACCCACCUCCCACGGCUGUGUUACACCUUCAGUGUGGACAGUCCCAUCAGUGGCUGCAGCAGAAACAGAGCCUUGUGUGCUCAAAUACUGUCCUAGCUGAGAGAGGAUGGAUAAACCCACGUUAUCUUUCAGAUAUCCGCCCUUCUGUUUAUAACCGAAUCAAGCAAGAGCAGCUGGUGAUGCAAUGCGGUGUCAUGGCGUUCUGCAUGCCACUGCUGCAGGAAGCAGCCUACGAGAUCUGGCUGAAGAGCCAGAAGAAAGCCUUACAUCUCAAGUGUGUGAGCUAUCUGGAAGGGGAGGCUCACAAAUGCAGACGCUGCGGAGAAGGGGACUUCAUUUCAUUUCACCGCCACACUGUGGAAAUGACGCUGGGGAGCACUGAGUCUCAGGAAAGCAGUUCUGAGCAGCACAAGGAAUACCCAUUCAGCGAAGCAGCCUCACUGAUCAUUUACACAACCCUGAAAAGGCUUCAGGCACCCUCAUUUGAAGGGAUGGAGAGAAAAGCUGUCACAGCUGAGGCUUCCCUAACCAGCACAUGCUCCCUUGAAAGUGUCCAGAGGACAACUGAAGACAUCACUACUUCUACUUUCUCCAAGAAGUUAGAGUUAUUACUUCCACAAGACUUUGAGAAAGAGACUGUAAAGGCACUAAAGAAACACAAGAUGUUGCCAGAGGAAAAUCUUAAAGCUGAAGAGAUAGAGAGGGAGUUUCUGGAGAGGCUGGAUGAGAUCAUUCAGCAGUCUGACAGGGGUCGGGAGAAGAUCAGGCGCUUGGGAUCCUGCGAAUGUGAAGAGAUCGUGGAGUCUGUUUUUGUGCCCCUGGCCCGGCACUGCAUGGCGAUGGGAGAAUAUGCCAGAGCCUUGUAUUACUUGUUGGAGUGUGCAGCUGCUUACUUACAUCUGUCAAACAACUACAUGGCCUUUAGCAAUUUGGAUACAGCAGAGAGUCUGAUCAAAUCAGUGGAUCUCAGAGCAACUGUAAUUAACCAGUUUGAGGAAGCUACCUUCUACAGCCUGAAGGGUGAGGUCUGUUAUAACAUGGGCCAAAUGAAUUUGGCAAAGAAAUUUAUUAGGAAGGCUUUGAUUUUAUUAAACAGAAGAUUCCCAUUUACCUUGAUUGGAGUCUUUUUUAAGACUCUGCUGGAAGUGUCAAAGCACGCGUCUCACCAGAAGAAGCAGCAAUUCUUGUAUAGUCGCAGUAAAGGGGAGAAGAAAUUAGCUUUCCUGUACCAGCAGGGCCACUGCCUUUCCUUAUUGUGGCAACUUUUCAGCCUGGACACUGCUACAAACAGCAAAAAGUUCUGUCGCCUGGCAGCACUCAUGAAAGUGAACUCAGCAGAGGAAUCGGAUGAUGAGAGCCAGAUCAUUUCAUCCUAUACGGAAUUCUCACUCUGCUGCCAGAUGAUGGGUUACCAAGAUGAAUGGAUGAAAUAUGAGCUGAUGGCCAUCCAGCGUAGCUCUCACCUACAGGUUGUCGGAGGAGGGCUAUUAACAACAGUUAAAUUAGCACAAUCACUGGCCUAUAUGAAGCUCUGCUUGGGUAACCUGCCCCUAUCUAUUCAAUUAGGCUAUCGAGCACAUGAAAUGUGUGUGCGUCUGAAGAAACGGAAGCUGGACUAUCUGGUUCUCUGCAUGCUCUUCAAAGCUCUCUUUCUGAGCAUCAGGUACCAAGAUUGUGUGCAAGUACUGAGCUGGCUGGAGGAGUUGGCAGUUGAGGAGGAGAGAAUCAUUGAGAUGGCUUGUUUCUUUUCUUACUGUUUAGAACUCUUGCUUUAUGCUGGAUUUUCAUUUAAGUCAUUUAAAGAGUGCCUGGAAUUCAUACAGCACAAUGAAAAAAACUGCAUCCUUAUCUCUCAGAACAGCAUCAUGUUGGGGCUGUAUUCAUCCCUGGCCAUUUGGUUUGCCAGACUUCAGCAGUGGGGAAACUUCAAGGAGCCGUUUGAAAAGGCCAGAAGGUUGCUGAGGAGAACUAAUGCCUCAUUCUUUGCUACCAGUGGAUUCUGUAGAUUCUUGGAGUGUGAGGUCCUUGUGCUACGGAAACACAUUGAGGAAAAGCCUGAAUUGGUCCGGGAGACUCGUACUAAGACGCUAAAGGACUUGGACCAGGUUCUCUCUCGAUGCUCCACAAGCCCUAUCUAUUACCCUAGGGUUUACCACCUGAAAGCCUAUAUCCUCCUGGUGUUGGGCAAUGAAGAACAGAGCCAAAUCUACCUAUCCCAAGCAUUCCAACUCUGUGACAUAUAUGGAAACCUCCUGGAGAAAUCCUGGCUGGAGAUCAGCAAUGAAUGGUGGUUCACUGCAAAAGGCCCCAUGGAAGACUUAUGGCUGAAGGCUGCACCAGACUUUCCCAAGUGGAAAAUAGGAAUGACAGAGAAAGACUUUCCAGAGCUUCAUAAAACCAAGUACUUGCUGCGGGUGCCAGCAUUGGAUAUUAACAAUCCUUUCCCAGAACCUGAGAUCCCCCAUGUCUGAGCUGCAUGUAGUUCUGCCCAACUGGAGCACUUUGUAAGCUUUUGUAACCAUCACUGCCCAAAUUUGUGAGCAUUUAUGAUAUUCCUACGGUACAACACCUGCUCUCUGCAAAGUCCUCUAAAUUUGCUCAUCUCUUCCUUUGGUAAAUGUGGGUUCUAAUGUCUCACUGUGGCUUGCUUAGACCAUUUUUUCCUUACUGUUAAUUAAACUCUGCAGUAGCUCUUCACUAUAGUAAUGUAUUCCUUUAUAAUCUGGAACAGAGUCUAGUGCUAUUCCCAAAAAGGAAAGUCUAAUUUAAUUUUUUUUUAAACAUUCAUAACUAAAAUGCACUUUCUUCAACAAAGUCACUACAACUCUCCACCCACUGUAACGAUGUGACCUAUGUGACACUACUGAGAGUAUCAAUUCAGGACAAAUUGCUUA